ACACAGGAUGUUGCAGGGUGACAACAGCAGCGCCAGUGUACAGGGUUGCCAGCACUUGAUUGUAAUUCCGUGUGGGAGGAGGAUGGGUGGGUUUAAGUGUAUGUAGUCAUUCCUCUUCACACGCUCCGCUGUGCGCACACGGUGAAGACAAAAGCAGAGCGCGGUCCACCUCUCCAUGUGACGUCCAGCAGCUUCAACAUUUGUGAAGUGGCUGCCUCACCCGGUCGGACCGGAGGCCGUCUGGUCUCUGAUCUGUUAUCAGGAGUCACCGGAGACUCGCUGCGCACCGCCGGCGCCAGGCUGUGCGCCUCUCGGAUCACACCCGAGCCACCGCGAGCUCUGGCGAUGGACAUGAUGGAAGGAGACGUUAUGGACAAGCUGGAAGACACGUCAUCGGUGUACGACUUCGACCCGAUCACCGGCAACAUUCCGGCCACCAAAGUAGAGAUCACCGUCUCCUGUAGAAAUCUGCUGGAUAAAGACACAUUCUCAAAGUCAGAUCCAAUGUGCGUGCUCUAUACACAAGGUGUUGAAACCAAACAGUGGAGAGAGUUUGGCAGAACAGAGGUGAUAGACAACACUCUAAACCCCGACUUUGUUAGAAAGUACAUCUUGGACUACUUUUUUGAGGAGAAGCAGAACCUUCGCUUUGACUUGUAUGAUGUUGACUCCAAAAGCCCCGACCUGUCCAAACACGACUUUUUGGGUCAGAUGUUCUGUACUCUUGGCGAGAUUGUUGGAUCGCCAGCCAGUCGACUGGAGAAACCACUGGGAGGGAUUCCAGGAAAGAAAUGUGGAACUAUUAUCCUGACUGCAGAGGAGCUGAGCAACUGUCGAGAUAGUGGCACCAUGCAGUUUUGUGCCAACAAGCUGGACAAAAAGGACUUCUUUGGCAAGUCGGACCCUUUCAUGGUUUUCUACAGAAGCAACGAGGAUGGAACGUUUACUAUCUGCCACAAAACAGAGGUGGUGAAGAACACAUUAAAUCCAGUGUGGCAGCCUUUUACCAUCCCAGUACGAGCACUCUGCAAUGGAGAUUAUGACAGAACAAUCAAAGUGGAGGUGUAUGACUGGGAUAGGGAUGGAAGCCACGAUUUCAUUGGGGAUUUUACCACCAGCUACCGAGAGCUAGCUCGAGGGCAGAGCCAGUUCAAUGUGUAUGAGGUGAUUAACACCAAAAAGAAAAUGAAGAAAAAGAAAUAUGUCAACUCUGGAACAGUGACCCUGCUUUCCUUCUCAGUGGAGUCGGAGUUCACCUUCUUAGAUUACAUUAAAGGAGGGACUCAGAUCAAUUUCACUGUGGCCAUUGAUUUCACAGCAUCUAACGGUAAUCCCUCCCAGUCCACUUCACUGCACUACAUGAAUCCCUACCAGCUAAAUGCUUACGCCAUGGCCUUGAAGGCUGUUGGGGAGAUCAUUCAAGACUACGACAGUGACAAGAUGUUCCCGGCUUUAGGCUUUGGUGCCAAACUGCCGCCCGAUUGGCGGGUGUCACAUGAGUUCCCACUGAAUGGAAACAUUGAAAAUCCAUACUGCAAUGGUAUUGAAGGCAUCUUAGAGGCAUACCAUCAGAGUCUAAAGACAGUGCAGCUGUAUGGGCCGACAAACUUUGCUCCUGUGGUGAACCACGUUGCCAGAUACGCAGCGGCGGUGCAGGACGGCUCUCAGUACUUUGUGCUCCUCAUCAUCACAGACGGCGUCAUUUCAGACAUGGCCCAGACCAAAGAGGCCAUUGUAAAUGGUGCCAAGCUUCCUAUGUCAAUCAUCAUAGUCGGAGUGGGUCAGGCUGAGUUUGACGCUAUGGUGGAGCUGGAUGGUGAUGACAUCAGGAUCUCAUCCCGGGGGAAACUGGCAGAGCGAGACAUAGUUCAGUUUGUUCCUUUCAGAGAUUAUAUGGACCGGACAGGUAACCACGUACUAAGCAUGGCACGACUUGCUAAAGAUGUGCUAGCAGAGAUCCCUGACCAGUUCAUCUCUUACAUGAAGAGCCGGGGAAUCAAACCCAACCCGGCGCCACCUCCUUACACACCGCCGGGACACACACAUCACCACACUCAGAUCUGAUGCCCUCCUCUUUGGCUUUUCACUGAGGACUGACAAUAAUCAGCAGCUUCUCAGAGUUCAGUGGAAACUCUCUGCCUCCUGUUUUUUUUUUUUUUGUGCAAAAGGAGAAGGGGCACCACGAAACGGGUGUUGAAUUUUGUGCUGUACACUCCAACGACUAUUGGAGUAGUACUUUCUGUUUUCCUGUGAUAUAUUCCUCUGUUUGGUUUCUCUUGAAGAGAAACUACAAACCUUUCAGGACUCGUGGGUAAAAGCCUUUUAGGCUGUGACUGUUUCAUGUCCAAUAUGACAGCAGGUUGGUUAAAAACGAUCAUGUUGUGGUUAAAACUUGUGCCUGUUUGUGGUUGUUUCUCUAAGUGUAUCAGGACAUGUGAACUUUAACCUGAACCUUGCUCGUCAGUCACUGGUGUGGCCUAAUACAGUGAAAUUUUUUAGGCACCUUUUUCCCUUCUGGAAUAAGUUUUUAUAUUUGGGAAUAUUUCUGUAUCUGCUGAUGCAACCGUUAUGAAGAAAGAAAAGCCGUAAGAGUGUCGUUUACAAUUUAUUACCCUGAAGAUUAAUCAGGCUUGUCAUACCAUGACACUUCACCACCUGUCCUUCAGAGAUUUAGCGAGUAAAUGUUUAUAAGAGCAUGUCAUAUAAGAGUUUAAGGCACAUAAUCCAGUAUUUAUUCUCAAAUGUUAUUCAGAGUGGCAUGGACCUUUGAUAGAUUGUUUUAACACCAUAAAAAUCUACCCAUUUUGAAGUGGUCAACAGUUACUUUAAGUGAGUUGGAUUGAAAAGCACAACCUGACUACACACAAGUGUAAGAAUUAUGAAGAUAAAAGGUUAACCCCACUUAAUCAUUCUGCUGCUAUUCAUUGUGUUUGAAGAAACUACAACUGAGAUACUUUUGCACCACAAUCAAAGGUGCAUGUAACUUUCUACACACAAGUUUUAAUACAGAGGCUUGUUCACCACAGGAUGUGUUGCACAUGAAGAGCAUUAACUACAGCCCCAUUUCCAAAAAAAUUGGGAAGCUGCAUAAACUGCUAAUAAAAACAGAUUGUUGUGAUUUCUAAAUCAUUUACAGUAAUCCCUAGAUUUACUUGAAAGUGCUACAAACAGAUAACAUGUCUGUUGAAAGAGACAAAUCAUUUUUUGGGGGGAAAAAUAUUUCUUCUUUUUGAAUUUCAUGCCAGCAACAGUCUUCAAAAACUUUGUGUCAGCGCCAAGAAAAAAAUGGGUAAGUUGUGUUGAGGCUGAGUCUUUCAGUGCGACUGCUCUUCUUCAUUCUGUGUCGGCAAAGAGUUUCACAAUUGAAGAAGGUCUCUCCCGGUAAAUAAAAAAAUAUUGGGAUUUCAUUAUCUUCCAUAUAUAAUAUUGUAAUGUCUGGAGAAAUCUCUGUAACACAAGAACAAGGCUGACACCCAAUGUUGUAUGACAACCAUGAAGUUCAACUGCCUCAAACGCCCUUUAUUUAAAAACAGACACAAUUCUGCAGAAAGAAUUACAGACUGAGAUCAGCAAAACUGUAAAACCCAGGAAAGCUGAUGUAAUGCUUUGGAUUAGAUGUAUGGUAAUCCCUUUGUUUUAAUAUUUCCUGAGCAAUCUUCAAACAUUGCAUCUUUCUCCUGCCUUAACAGAUGCUGCAUGAGCUCAUAGCUAAUUUGCAUGCGGUUACAGAAUGUAAGUACCAAGGCCAUUUCUCAGUUGUUACUGCUUAUCCCAUAUUUAAAACCUAACAAAAUGUGCUUUUAAUAAAAAAAGAAAUGAAAGUUCAAAGAAAUGCAGCUGUUAAACUGUCAGAGCGUGUUCUGAAGCAGAAGCAGAACACGUGACUCUGAAUGUUUAAAUUGCAAUUUUGUACAUGUUUGUCCAUAUAGCAGAAUAGUCACACCCCUAAACAUGCCCCUUUUUCUUUUUUCUUUUAUAUAUUGCUGGCAUUGAAUCCAAAAUACCCCCCCCCAAAAAACAAACAAACAAA